AUGGUGGAUGUUUACUAUUUGAUUUCGUUCCUACUUUCAGUUUAUUCGAUACAGAUCAUAAUUGCAGAUUACCCAUUUCGAAACACGUCUCUGUCUUACAAUGAACGAGUCGAAGAUUUGGUCAAUAGACUUAAUGUAUCUGAGCUCAUACUGCAAAUGUCGAAAGGCGGAGGAGGGAAGAUUGGUGGACCAGCACCUCCGAUCUCCCGUCUGGGUAUUGGUCCUUUCCAGUGGGAUAGCGAGUGUCUGAGAGGUGAUGUGGACGCAGGAAAUGCAACGUCUUUCCCACAGUCAAUCGGGCUGGCGGCUUCUUUUAAUCCAGAUCUAGUGUAUGAAGUUGCUGAAGCUACUGCCAUAGAGGUACGAGCCAAGUACAAUAACUUUCGCAAAAACAAUGAUUACACCGACCAUACUGGUCUCAGCUGCUUCAGUCCCGUCAUCAAUAUCAUGAGACACCCUUUGUGGGGACGCAAUCAAGAAACGUAUGGUGAAGACCCCUACCUAUCUGGCUUGCUUGCCCAGGCUUUUGUUUAUGGUCUUCAGGGCCAACAUUCCAAGUACCGUCGUGCUAACGUUGUGUGUAAACACUUUGCAGCCUACAGUGGUCCAGAGAAUCGUCCAAUCUCACGACUCAGCUUCAAUGCUCAGGUAAAGGAACGUGACCUUCGGAUGACGUUUCUCCCCCAGUUUGAGGCCUGUGUGAGAGCUGGAGCUGGUGGAAUCAUGUGUAGUUACAACAGUGUUAAUGGUAUACCAGCCUGCACCAAUAAGAAGCUGUUGACAGACAUUUUAAGGAAAGAGUGGGGAUUCGAUGGGUUUGUAGUUAGUGAUGCUGGAGCAAUGGAGUUUAUUGUGAUAGACCACAUGUAUUAUCCUGAUGCCCUGACAACUGCUGUAGGAUGUGCUAAGGCUGGUCUUAACCUCGAACUAUCUCCAGGUACCUGGAUCUACAGGACACAGAUGUUCAGUUAUCUACUCAAGGCUGUGGAGAUGGGCUUGGUCUCCAAGCAACUGCUCAUUGACAGGGUUAAGCCGUUAUUCCUCACCAGGAUGAGACUUGGAGAGUUUGAUCCACCUGCACUGAACCCUGACAAUAAACUUAAUCUGUCUGUCAUUCAGAGUCCAGAUCACAGAAAGCUGGCCAUAAAGGCAGCCACCCAGUCUUUUGUUCUGUUGAAAAACUCCAAGGAAUUCCUUCCAGUCAGAAGACAAUUAACAACAGUGGCUAUUGUAGGUCCUAUGGCAGACAACCCAUCACAGUUAAUGGGCGACUAUUUCCCUGAUGUUGACCCAAGCUUUAUGACAACACCAAGGAAAGGCUUAUCUCCUCUUGGUGAAAAGGCUUUAUAUACAGCAGGCUGUAACGACAUGGCUUGUGACCAAUAUGACCAGUCAGGAAUUCAGUCUGUGGUUUCUGAAGCAGAGAUUACAUUUGUAUGUCUUGGAACAGGCAACGCUUUGGAGACAGAGACGAUGGAUCGCCCUGACAUGUCUCUUCCUAUUGGCCAGAUUCAGCUCCUCAAGGAUGCUGUGCGCUUUGGAAAAGGAAAUGUGGUAUUACUGAUGUUUAGUGCAGGGCCGGUUGACCUUCGAUUUGCCCAGACAUCUGCAAAAGUAAUGGCCAUCAUACAAUGUUUCUUCCCAGCCCAGGCAACAGGAAUUGCUCUUUUCAAUAUCGUUACCUUUGCUACACCAGACAGUAAUCCAUCGGGAAGGCUUCCAUAUACUUGGUACUCAGAUAUGAGUCAGGUGGCAGCAAUGACAGACUACAGCAUGACCAAUAUGACCUACAGGUAUUUCACUGGGGACCCUCUGUAUCCCUUUGGUUAUGGCCUGUCCUACACAUUCUUCAAAUACAGUCACUUGACCAUCACACCAAACCAGGUCAAGAUUGGAAGAAAUGUCACAGUGAUAUUCCAGGUCAACAACUAUGGGAAAUAUGAAGGUGAUGAGGUAUCUCAGGUGUACAUAUCAUGGCAAGGUGUGACUGACAUGCCACGGUACCAGCUAGUGGGGGCAAGACGAUCUCAUCUUAUCCCAGGCCAGACUGCUUCCUGUAAUGUUACUGUGACUGCACAUCAGACAGCAGUGUGGGAGGGGUCUGGUCUACAAAAUAAACCAGGUAUAAUAACAGUACAUGUGGGAGGUCAGUCACCAGGACAGAAGACAACAUCUAACUUCUUAACAGGAACAUUCACUAUAUACAGCUGAAGACAUGCUGGGUGACAUUGACACCGUUUACAACUCAGGAUGUCAUGUUUGGGUAUAUUGACACUGUAUACAGCUGAGGAUGUCAUUCUGUGUUAUAUUGACACUGUAUACAGCUGAGGAUGUCAUGCUGUGUUAUACUGACACUGUUUACAACUCAGGAUGUCAUGCUGUGUUAAAUUGAGACUGUAUACAGACGAGGAUGUCAUGGUGGGUUAUAUUGACACUGUAUACAGAUGAGGAUGUCAUGCUGUGUUAUAUUGACACUGUCUACAGCUGAGGAUGUCAUGCUGGGUUUUAUAUUGAUACUGUAUACAGCUGAGGAUGUCAUGCUGGGUUAUAUUAACAGUGUUUACAGCUGAGGAUGUCAUGCCAUGUUAAAUUGACACUGUAUACAGCUGUGGAUGUCAUGUUGGGUUAUAUUGAUACUGUAUACAGCUGAGGAUGUCAUGCUGGGUUAUAUUAACAGUGUUUACAGCUGAGGAUGUCAUGCCAUGUUAAAUUGACACUGUAUACAGACGAGGAUGUCAU